AUGCAUUGCCUGCGGGGAGGUAAAGCUGUGCUUCUAUCCUCAAAUGAUUCCCUAACAAAAAUCUUGCCUCAUCUUACCAAGAGCCAAUUGAGCGAACAUGAGCGAGGCAAUUUUUUUCAAAUUAGAGAAUGUUUACGCUUGGAAAAUCACUGGAAAAAUGAGAACAAAGAAUCGUGUUUGACUAAGAUUCAUAGCAUCAAAAAGGCGAUACGCGGCUUGCAUUUAAGAAGAACUGAAUUGCAAAAAGAUUGCGUUGCAAAACACGAUUUCGUCGAAAAUAUCAAAGAUCCGAACCAGAAACCAUCUUUUAAGGAACGAAAGUGUAUAAAACUAGAUAAAUUAUUUAUAAAUAAUAACAUAUGGAAGAAAAAACAAAAAAGAAGACGCACGUUGAGGAAAAGAGAUUUAAAAAGGGAAAUUUGCCAUCAGGAGACGAAGAUUUGGCAUAAAUUCUGUACGAAAUUAUCAAAAUGUUGCUCAGCAUUUAAUAAGUUAGUUUCACGACAAACUGCCAUGUUACGCUGUUCUAUUGUAUGA